AAAAUGUCGAAUAAGAAUGUAAUGAUCUGCAAAUUCCGACGACCGUAUGCUAGCAUGAGGAUGUUCUGCUUCCCAUGGGCAGGCGGGGGUACGCUGCCCUACGUAGGCUGGGGCGCAGAUAUCACGGACGAAGUUGAGGUUUACGCCUUGUGUCUGCCUGGUCGAGAGGAAAGACAAGAAGAACCAUGUCGUCACAGCAUGCAAGAAACCCUCGACGAGAUCACCGAUACUAUACAUACACAGUACUGGGACAAACCCUUCGUUUUCUAUGGACACAGCUUUGGAGCAUACUUAGCGUUCUUCGCUGCAAUGAGAUUGAAUAGACUGUACAAUCGCGGACCAGAUCAUAUGUUUUUGUCUGGAGCAGUAGCGCCAAAUGUAAGGAUAAAAGCAGCAGUAACUGUUCCUUGUCUAGUCUUUAUUAUGUUCGUUGCUUGCAGCAGCAAAAGCAGUAGCAACUGGAGCAGCAGCAGCAACAGCACCAGUAGUAACAGCAUAGCCAUAAAAGGCAAAAGCAACAGCAGCUCAGCCAACCCCGAUAAUUACUAAAUUAAUUUCGUCCUUUUUUUAUCAUAAGCAUCAUCAUCAGCAGCAGCAAGCAGUAUAGAAUAGAACAGCACCAUCAUCGACACCAACAACAGCAACAACAACAACAACAACAACAAACAACAA